GCUCGAGCAUUUGGCACCGACGCUUUCUGUGCGAGGACCGCUCGCGGACACCGCGCGGCAGCGGCGGCGCGCCCGCGGCCCGGCCGGCAGCAUGCGUGGAGCCCUGGGGCUCGCACUGCGCGGGCGGGCAGCCCCCGCCGAUCUGGCCGGGGGUGGCCGACGGCUGCGCGACGACGUGGCGCCGAUUUUCUGGAUUUUCCGUCUGGCCUUCGUCGAAGAAUUUCUGGAGCUUCCGUCUGGCCUUCGCCGUGCCAGGCCGCUGGCUCGUCGGAUUACCGGCGGCUGCAGUCACGGCGCCUGGGCCAUCUUGCGAGCGACGGCAGGCGUGGCAGUCUGCAUGAUGUGGCCAGUGCUGCAGGCCUGGGGUUCGGACACUUGCUCGGACCUGCGCAGCUGCAGCUGCGCCGGCAGAUAACUAUUCCUGAGAAGAGGCUCACAAAGAAGGUGAUGCGGUCAUCAGGCCCCGGCGGGCAGAGCGUCAACAUGUCGGACAGCAAGGUGCAGCUCAGCUUCAACUUCAACGACGCGGACUGGCUCCCCGAGCCGGUGAAGGCGAAGAUGCGCCAGCUGUUCAAGAAGCGCGUCUCGAAGAGCGGCGAAUUUGCCGUCAAGUGCCAAGUCACGUCCUCGCAGAUAGAGAACACAGCGCUCGCAGUGCAAAUGAUCCGUGAUUCCAUCGAACAGGCUCAGAGGGCGAUCAAGGACGACGAGAGGGAGGCCAACAAGAUUGACAAUAGAGAGUGGGUUAUAGAGAAGAUGAAGAAAACGGAGGAGGGUGUAAAGCGGCUCGAGAAGAAGGCGGAGGCGAUCAAGAAGAUCAAGCAAGACAGGAAGAUGAAGAACCGAGAAAAUAAGUGGCGAGAUUGACGACCUGUCUGGCUCAGGGUGACGACAUCCAAAACAUCUGAUCCAUAUAUGUGGUCAUCGGUGCAAGUUUCGAAUCUUCAUGCGUACCCCGAAGUGCGCGCACACCAUUCCAGGGAUGAGAUGUGAUGGCGAGAGGGAA